AUUUUGUAAGCACUUCAAUUAUAAUAAUUGAUUUAGUGGCAAGGCUACAUUCGUAUAUAGGCCGCAAUAAGGAAAGGCAGUGGUAUGGAACGUGAACUAACUAGCCCUGGAGCAAGCACUACUCUUGUUGGCGCAGAUAGUCGGAGACCUACGUUCGGCCGUGGAUCCCAUCCUUGACAGCCUUGAGGAACUGGAGGAUGAAAGCCUCGACCCUCGCGGCGACGCUCGGCAUUACAUCAUCGGAGACGAACUAUGUGCUCUCUACGAUCAGAUGGAGGCCCGUUGGGAGGAGACAAUUGACCACAUCUGCGAAGACAUGAACUGCAGGUACACCCAGUACGUGGCCGACUGCCGGGAAAGCCUGCAGAAAGCCGACGUGGAUGAAUCCGUGCGCAAACAGUUGCGUCGUGACAUGGCCGAGGCUAGGAGCCUUCUCAUCGCUAUGCUGCGCGACGACUUCCGCAACGCCUGCGAAGCCUUCACGGAUUGGCGCACGUUGUAUCUGCAGCGCGAGCUGCAUCUCUCCUACAUGUCGCUGACCGAAGGCGACCGCUUCUCCUUGCUGGCGUCGGUGUUGCGCUACGAGGUCCUGGAGUGCCUGCCCGACCUCGAGAAGCGCACGGAGGAACGCGCCGCCGAGCUCUGGAAAGCGCUGGUCGAGUACCACUGGCGUGACGUCGACGGCAUCUUCGAUGAGGCCAAAUAGUGGUUCCACCAAUACAACAUGUCUCGCCCCAAUUCGACUUGAUUUUUGGCUUUACGCGUUUAACGCUGAUACAGAGUGUUUAUGUUCAAUGUAUAACACUUUAAUUUUAGAUUAGCUUACUUAUUCCCUUGUGAAUAAUGGAAGCAUGCAACUUAUACUUCGGCGUCUAAAAGUAA